UCCGCUAAAUUGUAGGUUAGAGGUAGCUUGUACAAUUAACUCGCGUAGCUAUACGAAAUCGUGAAAUCGUGGAUAACGAUGAAAAGUUGAGGGGUAUUAAUCGUGGAAACUUUUAUCGAUAGUUUGCUCGCGACGAAUGGUGUUGCUGUGGAUACACAGGUUCGAUGUAAAAGCUAGGCAUCGUUCCGCAGAAUCCAAUUUACGCGUUCCUCGUGUGUUGUCUCGAAACGCAUGCGUGCUACCAAGGUAACGAAGUGCAUCUGGCAAUAAUCGGGCGAGCCGUUAUAGUUGAACAAACCACGUCGAGGUAGCAGGGCGAUCGCAUUGUUUUUAUGUUUCUCGUAUGUGUACAUGCCAUGCAUAUACGCUCUGUGUAAGGCGUAUCGCGAGUGUCUCGCGAGCGAUCAACUGUCUUCUACGCGUUCGUUGUUUUCCGAGUGUUUGUGGUAAAAGAGAAAUUACACCGAAUACCAUUGCAAGACGUCGGUUACGUUCGCGCUACGCAAAGGUGUGGCAGCGUUACCAGAAACGCAUGCGACCAAAAGAGAAGAAAGUUACAACGUUGCAGCGUUGACGGUAAAUGCAGGGUUCGGUGAAUGUUGGAGGAAACAGAAUGUCCAGCGAGCAAGCGCGAGCAAGCGCCAUCGCGACGAAAGAAGACGUGGGUUACAGAAGUGUCGAGAUCGCGUCCGCGUUUACGCAUCUACCGCAGAAAGAGAUGGCCAGGGACACACCAGGCUCCCCGAUGUCCAGACCGAGAGACUUGGUCGGCGGAGUUGGCGCUGCUACGACCACCUUGACAUCGAGCGGUUAUCACACUGGUUCCGGGGAUCCAUCCACCCUUCAUGGCCACGUGUUGCAGCAGAAGAUACUCGAGCUGCAACAGCAUCACCAGCUUCAACAACAAAUUCUCCGGCAACAAUAUCAAGCGCAAGAACGACAACUGGCCGAGCUGCACGAGCAACAGAUGCAUCAGUUGAAGCUUUGGGAGCAGCAGAAACAACUGGAGGAGCAAAGGAGAGAGAAGGAGAGGCUCGAAGCGUUGAGGAAGAAGGAUAAACACGAUCACAGCGCGAUCGCUUCGACGGAGGUGAAGCAACGACUUCAGAGCUUCCUCGUGAACAAGAAGCAAAGGGAGGCCGCCGCGGCUGCUAACGGGGCCGUGCCUGGUACACCCGGAUACAGGAGCUGGUUGCAGCCGCAAUCGGCGGAAUCGGCGGGCGCGGCGAACGCCUCGCACCCGUACAGGAUGCCGCAGAUGUUGCAGGAAAAAUUCGCCGACGAUUUCCCUCUACGGAAAACAGCCUCGGAGCCGAACCUGCUCAAGGUGCGACUAAAGCAACGCGUGGAGAGGAACAUGGCCGCGUCGAGAAAUUCACCCCUGAUGGCACGGCGGAAGGAUCGGCUGCUGUCGCACCUCAAGCGGAAAUCAUUGCUAGCAAAUUCUAGUAGUAAUCCAGAGUCCGGGCCUAAUUCACCACCGACCGUGAACAAUUCUCAAGCGAGCCCUACAGCGGGUGGAAACGCAGCGGCGAUCCAAGAAGAGACGGAGAACACCGGUUACGGGGGUCCGUUGACCAGCAGCAGUCAACAAGGUAGCCUGUCGGAUCUUUCGUUGUUCAGUUCACCGUCCAUGCCCAAUAUUUCGUUGGGACGACCUCACGUUCCAUCCGGGUCCAACACGACCGGUACGAAAUUGGCCACGGUCUCGGAGGCGGAGGUACGCGCAGCGUUCACCGCGCGGCUAGGAAUGCCGCUCACGGGACAAAUGUUGCCCGGCACCCUGCCUUUUUAUCCAUCGUUGACGGUAAUCGAGGGAGGAGAGGCAACGUCGACCGGUGGCUACGUUCACAAGCAGAUGCAGCAAAAUUUGGAACAUCCAUCGGUAACGAAUCGGCAACAUCCACCGUCCGCGGUCUAUCACGGUAGCACGACGGCAAAUCCCAUUACGGACACGCAAGUAGCGCAUGCGAGGCUGCAAAAGGCUGGUCACCGGCCUUUAGGUAGCAGGACUCAAUCAGCGCCGUUGCCGUUGGGCCAUCCGAUGCUGCAAGGUGGCAUGAUGGCGCCCCAGACCCAUUACGAAGAGUACCUGGCAGAGAAACAAUUGCACGACCAGCAACAGGCGCACAAUUAUCUGAAACAGCAGAUACGUCAAACGGUGUUGACGCGAGUCGGGUCCCGGGGGCAGGCGAAUCAAUUGGACGAGGCUCCGGAAACCGAGGAGUCCGCCGAGGUGAUAGAUCUUACAGGAGGGAAGAAAGACAUGCCGGAAGAGAGCGAGAUCUCGAAACAGCAACGGGAUCGUGAACAAUUCCUCCAACAGCAGAGAGAUCUGAUGAUGAGACACACGUUGCAGAUCUCGAACGAAUCUUCGACGGCCUAUGGCGGGAGCGGGGGCGGUAGCGGGAGCGGAAGCAGGAGCAAUCAACCUAGCGCGAGACCGUUGUCGAGAGCGCUGUCCAGUCCGUUGGUUCAUUUGGGUCCUCAGGGAGGAAACCAAUCCACCGGCGAUCUAUUCGCUCGUGCUUCGUCCCAUCGACCUACCACCGGUUUGGCCUACGACCCGUUAAUGUUGAAGCACGCUUGCGUUUGCGGCGAAACGGUUCGAGGUCAUCCCGAGCACGGAGGAAGGUUGCAAAGCGUGUGGGCACGUCUCUCGGAAACCGGGUUGUUGCAACGUUGCGAUCGAAUACGUUCGCGGAAAGCUACCCUCGAAGAGAUUCAAACGUGCCACAGCGAGGCUCAUGCUCUACUCUUUGGAACGAAUCCGAUGAAUCGGCAAAAGUUGGACGUAUCGAAGCUCUCUCAACUGCCCAUCAAGAGUUUCGUAAGGCUGCCGUGCGGUGGAGUAGGCGUCGAUUCCGACACCACGUGGAACGAACUGAAUACCGCGCCAGCUGCUAGAAUGGCCGUCGGCUGCGUCGUCGACCUAGCCUUUAAAACCGCAAUGGGCGACAUUAAGAACGGUUUCGCCGUGGUACGACCGCCGGGACAUCACGCCGAAACCAACCAAGCCAUGGGCUUCUGCUUCUUCAACUCGAUCGCGAUCGCUGCACGAUUGCUUCAACAGAAGCUCGAUAUUCGGAAAAUCUUGAUCUUGGAUUGGGACGUUCAUCAUGGGAACGGGACGCAGCAAAUGUUCUACGACGAUCCACGAGUGCUCUACCUGUCGAUACACAGGCACGACGAAGGUAACUUCUUUCCAGGGACUGGUGGGCCGACCGAGUGCGGAGCUGGCGAAGGAUUGGGUUACAACGUGAACGUGGCCUGGUCCGGUGGGCUGAAUCCUCCUAUGGGGGACGCGGAAUACUUGGCCGCGUUCCGUAGCAUCGUGAUGCCAAUCGCGAAAUCGUUCGACCCGAACAUCGUGCUCGUCUCGGCAGGAUUCGAUGCAGCCAUCGGGCAUCCCGCUCCCCUGGGAGGUUACAAAGUGAGCCCUGCGUGUUUCGGAAAGAUGACGCAACAAUUGCUCGGAUUGGCGAACGGUAAGGUUGUCCUCGCUCUGGAGGGCGGUUACGAUUUGGCCGCGAUCUGCGAUUCCGCCCAGGAAUGCGUUCGAGCCCUCCUCGGGGACGAACCUAGCCAACUUCGAGAGGAGGAAUUGACCAGGGCGCCUUGUCAAAACGCGGUCGACACGCUGCAAAAGACUAUCGCCGUGCAGAUGUCUCAUUGGCCUUGCGUCAAGUUGAACGCGCACACGGUCUCGAUGAGCGCGAUCGAAGCCGGACAAAAGGAACGCGACGAGACCGAGACGGUCUCCGCGAUGGCCUCUUUAUCGAUGCAGCAGCCUACCAAUUUAACAACUACCCCAGAACAUUCCCGAGAAGUUUCCGAGGAGCCGAUGGAACAGGACGACGCCAAAUGAAGAAAAACGCGAAACUGUGUGUCGUCGAUCGUGUACCGAUGUGAUCACGAGGCUAUCGUUCACGUUCGAACCGCUUCUUACGUAGAACGUGAGUGACGACGACUGAUCGAUCCGAAACCGCUCAGCAAUCAUCAGUUUGACGAGCACCGCGUCAUUGGGACGAAACGAGCCUUUAUGCACCUUUUCCGCGCUUCGCUUUCGCACCUUGUUCAUCCUGUGUAUAGAUCCGAUCGAGCGCAAAUCAUGGUGGAAAUCGCGAAAUUAAUCUCGACUAAAAA